UCCCUCCAGGUCCUGGAGACCCCGGUCGGUCUCCGCGGCGGGUAUCCAGCGAGCUGAGCUCGGGGCCGGGUCGGGCGGGGAGGCCGGUCCCGCGGGCGGGGGCGGGGCCGGCUCCGCGGCUUCUCCCGCCGCCGCCGCCAAGGGGAGUUUCCAGGAAGUGGCCAUAUUGGAUCCAUUCAGCCGCAGCCGCCCUGGCGGAGCGCGUUCCGCAGCCGGCUCGUCACCGCCUCGGCCCCGGCGCUCGCUGCAGCCCGCCCGGCCGGCGCGGAGCUCGCCAUGGCGGCCACCGACCUGGAGCGCAUCUCGAAUGUGGAGCCAGAGUCCCGGAGCCUCUCUCUGGGUGGCCAUGUGGGGUUCGAUAGCCUCCCUGACCAGCUGGUCAGCAAGUCUGUCACCCAGGGCUUCAGCUUCAACAUCCUCUGUGUGGGGGAGACUGGCAUUGGCAAGUCCACUCUAAUGAACACACUCUUCAAUACGACCUUUGAGACCGAGGAAGCUAGUCACCAUGAGGAGUGUGUGCGCCUGCGACCCCAGACCUACGACCUCCAAGAGAGCAACGUUCAUCUCAAGCUGACCAUCGUGGAUGCCGUGGGCUUUGGGGAUCAGAUCAAUAAGGAUGACAGUUACAGGCCCAUAGUCGACUACAUAGAUGCGCAGUUUGAAAACUAUCUACAGGAGGAGCUGAAGAUCCGCCGCUCCCUCUUUGACUACCACGACACAAGAAUUCACGUCUGCCUCUACUUCAUUACACCCACUGGACACUCCCUGAAGUCUCUGGAUCUGGUGACCAUGAAGAAACUAGAUAGCAAGGUGAACAUAAUUCCCAUCAUUGCCAAGGCUGACACCAUCUCCAAGAGCGAGCUCCACAAAUUCAAGAUCAAGAUCAUGGGUGAGCUGGUCAGCAAUGGAGUCCAGAUCUACCAGUUUCCCACUGAUGAUGAGGCUGUUGCAGAGAUUAACGCAGUCAUGAACGCACACCUGCCCUUUGCUGUGGUGGGCAGCACGGAGGAGGUGAAGGUGGGCAACAAGCUGGUGCGAGCACGGCAGUACCCCUGGGGAGUGGUGCAGGUGGAGAACGAGAACCACUGCGACUUUGUGAAGCUGCGGGAGAUGCUGAUCCGGGUGAACAUGGAGGACCUGCGGGAGCAGACCCACAGUCGGCACUACGAGCUCUACCGACGCUGCAAGUUGGAGGAGAUGGGCUUCCAGGACAGUGAUGGUGACAGCCAGCCCUUCAGCCUCCAAGAGACAUACGAGGCCAAGAGGAAGGAGUUCCUAAGUGAGCUACAGAGGAAGGAGGAGGAGAUGAGACAGAUGUUCGUCAACAAAGUGAAGGAGACGGAGCUGGAGCUGAAGGAGAAGGAACGCGAGCUCCAUGAGAAGUUUGAGCACCUGAAGCGGAUUCACCAGGAGGAGAAGCGCAAGGUGGAGGAGAAGCGCAGGGAGCUGGAGGAGGAAACCAAGGCCUUCAACUGCAGGAAGGCAGCCAUGGAGGCCCUGCAGUCUCAGGCCAUGCAUGCCACCUCACAGCAGCCCCUGAGGAAGGACAAGGACAAGAAGAAAUCUUGACCCUCAGCCCGGGAUGCCACAAAGUGAAACGAGUUCCCUGCUUUGCUCAUCACAAAUGCCAAACUGACUGUCCUUUCCCGGUGUCCACCUUGCUGUCUUUUGCUUCUGUUUGAUUUGGUCUGCGUAUCUUUUAAUGUGUCUGUUUUUGUUUUGUUUGUUUUAUUUUUAUUUUUCAGUUAAAGCACGCCCAGACUUACAUGUCAAGAGCGGACUUUAGACUUUCAUGUGUUAAGUUGCUUGAGUUACACCUUGUGACCUUUCUCCCAUAACUUGGUGUGAGGAUGGACUGGGAGCCGGUACUGACUCCAGUGUUUACAGCCUUGCCCUGUCCCUACCCCACCCGGCCCCAGGCUGCCUGGGCCUGGCUGGCUACCCCUCUCUAUGCAAAUGCGUCAAAGCCAUGAAUGCUGGAAUCCAAAACUGACAAGGUUUAUUUUUUUCAGAGCCAGUGGCUGGUCUUCCAUUUACAGUGUCACUAUUCCUUGAUGGAGCUCUAGGGAUGGCCCCAGCCGGUGAUGCUAGGCCUAAUUGUUCAGCGUCAAGACGGCGACUCACGUGGUGCCUAGGUGCGGCCUGUGGUCUGGUAUACCCGCUGCAAAAUUCGCCUGGUUCCUUCCAUUUUAAUUUUUCUAACCUAGAGCUUAAUUUCAAUAAUAACUUUGAAACACUUCUAAAUUUUGAUUUUUGGCACCAGUGUAAAGACAAAUAAUAUCUGUCUCUCCCAUUAUUUUCAUAAGUAACACAGAUUCCCUGAUUUUUAAAACUAAAAAUCUCUCUAAAUCUUUCUUAUGUAUAAAACACUACUUUCAUAGGUAGGGAGAGGCGGGGAAUAAACUUCCUGUAAUGACAGUGUUUGGGACUUCUUUACGGACAAAAAUGGACUCCGGACAAGACCAUGUCCAGUGUUUUACUGUGAAUGUAAAUGGAAUAGCAGCCCAAAGCCCUUGUCUCUGCCCCAGAGGUGCUACCUGUGAACGGGGACCAAGUAGGUGUUUGUUAAGUGUUUGACUCCAAAUCAACCCCUGCUCCCCCCAACCAGAGUGCUCAAUGGAGAGAUAGCUGUUAUGUCAAAGUCAUUGUUUCUUCUUUCCUGGCUGAGUCACAGGGCAAGGAGAUAAAGGUGUCUGAUGUAUUAGGACAAUUUCAAGAAAAAAAACCCUAAAAACAACAGUCAAGAGUUCUCCUCCUCCAGCUGACCUUAAUCUUCAGGGGACACUUUAAGAAAGUGGCAGCCAGGCAUGAUUACAGUGCAUAACUGUAAUCCCAGCACUUGGAAAGUGGAAGCUGGAGGCCAACCUUUGCUACAUUGUUUCAGGCCAGCUUGGGCUACAUGAGACCCUGUCUCAAAAAAAAAAAAAAAAAAAAAAA